AUGGCCGCGGCCGCCUCCGAGCUGCUGACGGGAUGGUGCCUCUUCGGCCUGGCGCUGCUGGCUAUUCUAAUUUUCUGCUGGGUUUAUGUGCGCAAGUAUCAGAGUCGGCGGGAAAGUGAAGUAAUUUCUACUAUAACAGCUAUCUUUGCGUUGGCAGUUGCUCUUAUCUCAUCAGCACUACUACCAGUGGACAUCUUUUUGGUUUCAUAUAUGAAAAACCAAAAUGGUACAUUUAAGGACUGGGCUGAUGCUAAUGUUUCAAGACAAAUUGAAGACACUGUACUUUAUGGAUACUACACUUUGUACUCCAUCAUACUGUUCUGCGUCUUUCUGUGGAUUCCCUUUGUCUAUUUCUAUUAUGAGGAGAAGGAAGAAGAUGAUGGCAACACAUGUUCACAGAUUAAAACUGCACUCAAAUAUACUCUGGGAUUCAUCACAAUUUGUGCAGUUCUUCUCUUAAUUGGUGCUUUUGUCCCUUUGGAUAUUCCCAACAAGAAGAAUUCCACAGAGUGGGAGAAAGUGAAGCUCCUGUUUGAAGAAUUUGGAAGUAGUCAUGGCUUGACUGCUCUUUCAUUUUCCAUUAGUUCCUUGACUGUGAUUGGAAUGUUGGCAGCUAUCACUUACACAGCUUAUGGUAUGUCAGCUUUGCCUCUAAACUUGAUUAAGGGAACUACCAGUGCAGCUUAUGAACGUUUAGAGAACACUGAAGAUAUUGAAGAAGUGGAGCAACAUUUAUUAAGGAUUAAAUCAAAGUGCAGAGAUGGUCGGCCUCUGUCAUCAAGGGAUAGACGGACUGUACAACAACUAGAAGAGAGACUAAGGACACUUCGAAGAAGAGAGAGGCAUCUGGAGUCUAUUGAGAAAAGCUGGUGGGCAAAGUUCUGUGAAGCUAUCCGACCUCUAAAGAUUGUGUGGGGAGUACUAUUCAUUAUUGUGGCACUGCUCUUCACUGUCUCUCUGUUCUUGUCAAAUUUGGACAAAGCUCUGCAUUCAGCUGGCUUCGACUCGGGGUUUAUAAUUUUGGGAACUAAUCUGACCAAUCCAUUGAAUAUGCUAUUACCUGUUCUUCAAACAGUUUUUCCACUUGAUUAUAUUCUUAUUACAACUAUUGUUAUGUACUUUAUCUUCACUUCAAUGGCAGGGAUUCGAAACAUGGGUAUAUGGUUCUUCUGGAUAAGGCUUUAUAAAAUCAGACGAGGAAAAACUCGACCUCAAGCACUCUUGUUUCUAUGUAUGAUACUUCUGUUGAUAGUUCUUCAUACCAGUUACAUGAUCUACAGUCUUGCCCCUCAGUAUGUAAUGUAUGGAAGCCAAAAAUACCUGGUACAGAGUAAUAAGACAAUUGAUGGCCAGCCAAAGAAUGUGACAACAUUUGUAUCUAAAGACUGUGAUGCAGAUGCACCUGAAGAUCAGUGUAUUGUUACUCGGACGUACCUUUUUCUUCAUAAGUUUUGGUUCUUCAGCGCUGCCUAUUACUUUGGGAACUGGGCAUUCAUUGCAGUCUUCUUAAUUGGAUUAAUUGUUUCAUGCUGCAAAGGCAAGAAAUCAGUUAUUGAAGGUGAAGUGGAUGAAGAUGAUUCAGACAUGAGUGAUGAUGAACUGUCUGUUUAUUACCAUUGAUAGCUUUUUGCCUUCCAGAUGGAAAAAUGUAAUUACAAGUUAUGUUGAAAGUCAUACCCAUGUGGAAUUGGUAUCCAAAUAAGUAUCCUUGCACCUGUAAAAAUAGAGGAAAUAAAUGUACUCACCUGAAGGGGUAAAAAACUGAGUAUCACUUUUUGAGUGUAUCACUGUUAUAGCAGAACAAAUUUUGAAGCCGGGUUUGAAUAA